UUUUCCCGUUUGUUCUUUCGAAAUAAACUGGAGAUAUGUUGAUUUGGCGUGAGGAUAUAUUUCUACUGCUGAUGAUUUUCACAAUAGACAAAGUCCAAGGAAGGUAUGAAAUAAAAUUAUCCACACCAAACUCGUACAAAUACCGCUAUUUGACUGAGUACGGAAUUCCCAUCACGAACUCAACAUCUCUGACGUUCCAAGUUCAAGCUUGCAAUGACGCUCACGUGGCUUUGAGAUCUUCCGGAAGACGACCACUGGAAAUCGUUCUCGGGGGAUGGGACAACUCACGAUCCUGUUUCCGGACUCGGGUUCAGGGGUCAUGCCGGACAGAGCAUCGUGGAGCGAUUCUGGACUGCCAGAACUUUCAGACGUUUUGGGUCAGCUGGGGUAACCAACAGAUAAAUGUAGGCAAACAGGACGCGGGGAUAGGAGACAGCAUUCUCAGUUUCAGUCUUAGACGACCACUUUCUGAUGUAGAAAUAGGAAUUUCCACCGGAUUUGGGGCAUCAGGAUUAUGGAUUUUCAAAGACCCCAGGUCGACUACAGAAAGUCCCACAACUACAACGACAACAAAACGUCCAUUAUCGUCAACUAAUGUCCAGCUGGCCCCAGUGGUACAGGAAGUUUCAGAGGGCGGAAGUAGUAACGUCAGUGUAGCGGUCACUACUGGGAUACUAUCGGUCAUCGCUGUGGUCUUAGUCGGGGUCUUUAUAUGGAGAAAGUAUCGGAGACCACGAGGUCAGGGUUCUAACAUAGGAUUACAGAAUCCGAUGUUUAAUGCAAAGGAAAUGAAUACGUACGAGAUCAUCCGAAGGUCACAUCCGGAAGUUAACAUGUACGCCGAUUUAAACCCUCUGGACGUCACAAAAAUUCAAGACAGUGCCGUAUAUUAUGACACAGCUAAGCCUUUCGACGAAAAUAAUAUGUACUUGCCUAUACAGGAAUAUUCAAACGGGGACAAUUCCAGAGAUACCCGAAAUUCACGAAUUUCUCGGAUGUUUAGUCAUACUGAUUAUGACGUCAUACCAGCCAUGGAAUACCAAAGUGCCAAAGUGGGACAACAGAGAUAUGUAGUAGAUGACACGUAUCUGGUGCCCAGACCAUCCAUGAAGAAACAUUAAAGCUAUUGAUGAA